AUGCAGUAGAAACAUGUACGCGCGUAAUGACGACAAAACCAUCGUAUCCAAGCGUUGUGCGUAAGGUCCCAUUGAGAAGAAGAGCAGAAGAUGGCGAGUUCAAACAAUCCACGUAAAUUUAGCGAGAAAAUCGCUUUACAUAAUCAGAAACAGGCCGAAGAGACUGCGGCUUUCGAAGAGGUGAUGAAAGACCUAAACAUUACUAGAGCUGCACGGUUGCAGUUACAGAAGACCCAGUAUUUGCAACUAGGGCAGAAUCGCGGACAGUACUAUGGAGGCUCACUGCCCAAUGUCAAUCAGAUUGGAAAUAGCAACAUUGACCUGCCUUUUCAGAAUUCCACCUUGGACAGCAGUCGGUCGACCAGGCAUCACGGGCUGGUGGACCGCGUUUACCGCGAUCGGAACCGCAUCACCUCCCCGCACCGCCGGCCCCUCUCUGUGGACAAACAUGGCCGCCAGAUUGACAGCUGCCCCUAUGGCUCAGUGUACCUCUCACCCCCACCGGAUACCAGUUGGAGGAGGACGAACUCAGACUCAGCCCUACACCAGAGCGCCAUGAACCCUGUGCCCCAGGACUCAUUUGCAGGGGGUUCACAAGAGCUCCAGCCUAAACAAGUGCUGCUCCUUACAGUUCCUGGGACUGAGGAGUCUGAAUCACACGCAGACAAGGAUACACAGUGGGGUAACAAAAAGAAUGACUCAAGACCCAAGUCUUGUGAAGUCCCUGGGAUCAAUAUAUUUCCAUCACCUGAUCAGGAAGUGAACACGUCAUUGAUCCCGGCCACUCUCAACACAGGAGGCUCCCUGCCCGAUCUGACCAAUAUCCAGUUCCCCCCACCACUGCCCACUCCGCUGGACACGGGCGACACAUUGGUGUUUCCUUCCCUUAGCACCUCCAACAGCACGGGCAACCUGACCACCAACCUCACCCUCCUAGGCAUCAGUGCUGCCAGCCACGUCAUCCCAACCACCUCUCAGCCUACCAUGACGGCCCAGCGCAGGCAGUCCACCCUGGUCCCCCUAACCCUAAACGCCGAACCACAGCAGUCACCGCAGCAGCUCUCCCCCACCCUAUCGCCCCCUCUCAACAUCCAGGCAGUGGCGAUGGAUGCCUUGACUCUGGAGCAGCAGCUAUCCCAGUAUGCCUUCUUUAGCCAGCUGACAGCGCAGUCCCAGGCCCAAGUGCUCAAUGACCUGCAGCAGCAAGCCCUGCCCCAGGGCAUCAGGUUAAUCACCCUGCCCCUGGCCACCACCACUGCCUCCACAGCCACCCAGUCCUCCCCAGUCAGCCAGAUCGCGACGACUGUCAACAUCAACUCGUACCGCAAUCAGACUGGCUCUCCGGCCAAUCAGUCUCCAACCUCCCCAGUCUCCAAUCAAGGCUUCUCCCCUGGCGGCUCGCCUCAACACAUUCCAGUGGUGGGCAGUAUAUUUGGGGAUUCUUUCUACGACCAGCAGCUAGCAUCAAGGCAGACCAACGCUCUCUCCCAUCAGCUCGAACAGUUCAAUAUGAUUGAGAACCCGAUCAGCUCCAAUAGCCUGUACAGCCAGUGCUCCACCCUCAACUACACACAAGCAGCUAUGAUGGGCCUCACAGGGAGCAGCCUGCACCACUCCCAGCCAUUGGGCUACGGUAGCCAUGGCAACAUCCCAAACAUCAUCCUCACAGUGACAGGCGAGUCUCCACCCAGCCUCUCUAAGGAGUUAACCAACUCACUGGCCGGCGUCGGAGAUGUCAGCUUCGACGCGGACUCUCAGUUCCCAUUGGACGAGCUGAAGAUCGACCCCCUCACCCUGGACGGACUGCACAUGCUCAAUGACCCCGACAUGGUUCUGGCCGACACUGCCACUGAGGACACGUUUAGGAUGGAUAGGCUGUAAUAGAGAAUGCUGUCAGUGGCCAACAACAAAAAAUAACCCUAGGAAGAAAGGGAACCAGGCAUGGCUAUUCAACCUCGCACUCACCCUCAAGUCCUUUAAAUGAUGAGCCACCAAAACCCAUUGUGGAGAAGGACAUGCAAUGGCUUGUUAGGGUCAGGAAUGGAAUUGCUGUAAUUUCCAAUGAGAUUGUUGGUUGGUCAGAGCUUUGCUAGCUUGCUGCGUUAACUAUCUAUAAUUACUUACCAUAUAUCCCACAGUGUCACACUUGAUAACAGAUUGUAUAUCUCCUUUUGAUUUUAUUUUUAUACAAAUCUACAUGCAUUUUAAAAAGCAAAAAGCCACUAGGAAGGUGAGCUGCACCAUACCUAUUAUCAUUCCUUACCAACCAUAUAAGCUUUAUAUUUCACACACAGCUUUAUUUUUAUUGACAACCAAAUGUUAAUGUUUGCGUUAUGCGUAUGUUGGAUUAUGUUCUGUUUAAAUGUAUGUUUUUAUUUAUUGAAAUAUUUAUUACUUCAGUUGAAUUUUUUUAUUGUUGUAUUUCAAAAUGUGUUUGAGUUCGAAGCCAAAAUGUCUCUGCUCUAACUGUAUUGUGCAAACUACACUUAUGUAUCUAUUAAUUUAAGUUACAUAUUUAUGUAUUAAGCUGCUCUGUUAAACUUAAGGAGUACAAAUCCUCCCCAUGUUUGCUCUUACGGUUGCAAGUUGCUACGACAUCUCGCUAGAUAGAAUCAGAUAAGGCCUCUUAAAAUAUAGGAUCUGCAAUUGUGUUUUCAUCACUUACAUGGGCCCACAAUCGUUGGGUUUCGUCUUGUGCCAAUGCUGUUUUUAAAUGUAUCUUAAUUAAUGAAAAACAUAUACAACAGAUGCUUAUAUUUAGCUGCUCAUAAGCUUAAGCAAAUGUGACAAUGUAAACAUAUCAAAUACAAAUACCCAAACUAGAUGGCCAUAAUUCUCCUUUGCAUGUAUAUCCAGAUUGAAUGCCUCCUGAAAAUCUGAAGGAUACAAGCUCCUCAGAAACCUGUUGAACUUGUCACUGUGAGAUCACCUGAUUUUGCCUUACAUAUUGAGUAUUGUACUGUUUUUAAGUGUAACUAAUGUGACAGUGUAUUUUCUUAACUUCUCCUAACAUUUUCUUGUAUUUGAGAGGAAUUUUAAAUCCUAGUCAGUGACAAUAUUUGUGGUUAUGUAGUGUAAAGUUUGACAAAUCACUGUACUGUAUUUUGUACUGGUACACUUUCUAGAUGAGUUAUGGGUGUUUUGUAAAAAAGGAAAUGUUGAUUUCAAAUUUGUGAUGGAGAGUGCAAAUAUGGGGAGGCUUUCUUCUCCUUAAAGGGAAACUUACAAACGCAAAUACAAUUAUUUUGCUAGACCAAUUGUUAUGAUAAAAAACAAUGUUACUUAUAAUUAAUAUUUGGUUCUUCCCUCCAGAUUAGGGGCUGGUAGAAAACUAUUUGAACCRUUCCAUUUUAUGCACAUAGCAAAAUGAGUCCCAAAACACAUGUAGAACUUUGCAAAAGUGGUUAAAAUGGGCAGAACUUUUUUCUAUACGCUAACUUGUAGAGCUGAAAUACUUUAACUUUUUAUUUUACUCUAUCUUCCCCUCUGUUUCAUAUUCUGACAUUUCUGUUUUGAAAACUAAUAUAGCGAGAUGGAAGUGAAGAGCAACUUGGUUAAAUUGGAUGUUUCCUUCUAUGGGCUGAGAAUGUGUAAACCAUUUAGUGGCAAGUGUCAACCAUUUAUUUGUUUGGUAAAGAACAAUAUUAUUWUUUUUGUUUUUCUCUUAACCUUUGACAUUUUUAUACUGUAGCUAUGUUUGAUCAUGUUUCUACUGUACAGUGAAUUGUGUGUGUAUAUACAGAAAAUGUAAGUGGUACUUUAUUUACCUAAAUCCCAAUGUGGGAAGAGGCAUAGUUCCACAACUAUGAAGUUAAUAAGUACAAAUAUAUAUUUGAGAAAGAAUAUUUGAUUCUUACGCAAAUCGGAAAUGAGAAAUCAUACCAUUGCAUCACUAGAAUAUGUAGAAAUGCAUCGUUAUACAAAAGACUGUUUGAGCCAAACUGCAAUACGCCAGUAUGCUUCUUUCUUACAGUGCCAUCCAGAUUAAUUCUCUGCAAAUUAGUUUUGUUUGUCUGAACAUUUUCCAAAAUGUGCAUUCUGAUAUCCUGUACAUAGGCUAUAGCUGAAACAAAAUGACCGCAUGACAAAAAUGGAAGUGAACCUCAGAAAAAGGCCUUAAAAUCAAAUGUUUGGUCACACAUAUUUAGCAGAUGUUAUUGCGGGUGUAGCGAAAUGCUCGUUUUCUAUGCAGGUUUGAUUUAAAUUGCGCUCUACAAUGUUGGAAAAACAGAAAAACACCCCAUCAAAAAUUAUGCAUGCGUCAGUUCCUAAUGAUUCACAUAAAUGGUUACUUUUCAGAUGACUGUGUUGCCUCCAUUUAUGCAUAAUACUAGCUCAUUGCUGAAAUAAGAAUGUAUUUGUAUAAGGUCUUGGAAUUUCUGUUUCAACAAAUGACAUAAGCCAAAAGCAUUUUUCUUGAAUAUCUCUUACUACCAUCCAUUUGUUGUUCAAUUGAAUUGGCUGUUACUUGCUUUUGAACCUAGUUCUUCACUGUAGCACUUCACUGUGAGUUUUAAAUAGUUGUUCCUGUAAGCGAACGUAUUAUGAAUCCCAUCUUCAUAACACAGACGUUUUUAAAAGUGGUAGUUCACUCCAAAGAUUGACGAUUUCAGCUCUCAAAGUUGUCUAAUGUUGAGAUGAAGCCAUUUCAAAAAGAGGGUUGAUGAGUUAAGGAGCCAACUUCUUUCAAAUUCUUAAUCAACUUUCCUGAAUUUCCUGAUCCAGAAAAAGUUUUCUAGCCUAAUCAGAAACCAUGGCAACAAAUCCUCCAACUCUAACCGGCUUCAUUGCAGGAUAACUCAACUUAUAUCUUGAACUUGGAAAUUCACAUCGUCGCAUUAUCCUCAAAUAAUCAAAUCAAAACGAUGGAUGUGGAUGAAAGCCGAAUAGUUGAUGUGAUUUAUAGCAUGCAUAUUGUAAUUAGUUUGCAACUUUUUGUCUUCAAAUGACCACCCAAAUUACUGAGCUACAAGUGUAAACUGAAAGGAAAAGAUUAUGGAAUCAGAUGGUGUGCAUCUUUUCCAUUCCUUUAAGACUGAGGCGCACACUGAAUAGCUGAAGCUACAGAACAUUAGGCUUGGGCCAUGGACUCCUCUUGACAUUAGACCACAAUAUAACAUCUUUGGACAAAUUUCGAUUUUGGAGUGAACUGUCACUUUAAUGGCCUGGCAAGAGUAAAAACAAAAACAGUUUCACUCGCUACUUAAAUAUGGCGCUUACAGUUGCGGUCAAACUUGGCACUGUUCACUAUCUUUAAAAAAUAAGUUGAAAUUGAAAGAACUGUUGAAUUUCAAGUGUAUUUGUUUAAUUUACAACUGCACAUGACCAAGAGAGAAAAUGAAAUUGAGAUUUUUAACUUAAGUCAAAAAAAUUGGACUGAAUUAUUCAAAUUAAUUUGGUUGGAGGCAAGUGAUUCUCUUUAACUGUGUAAUUUCUCACCUGUGGUAAGUUGCAGGUGCCUACAGGGUAAAAAUAGCCAUUCAAACCAUUUUGAAAAGAGAACAUUCUGCUCCAUUGCACUCAAUUGUAAAGUGCCUAUGUAUUUGACUGUACUCUGUAUUUGCAGUUAAACUUGACUGUCAAGAGAGCUUACUGUCAGUUGCAUGACAUGACAGAUGUUAUAAGUAGUCCCUAUUGCUGAUGCGGGUUUAUUGAAAAUGAUUCAGCACUAUCAUGUUGACUUCAGCAGUAUGUGUAUGAACUAUGGCUAGCUAGCUAACAUAAAUUGAGGCAUGUUUUGAAAUAAAUUCUAAACAGAUAUCAGUUACUGUGACUGCAUAGAGUAAGACAUAUUCUAUGUAAGGUUUAACAAACAUGUUUAUUGUAUGUGUUCUUAUUCUGUUGCCUUCUCACUUUAGUUAUGGUCACCUGCCUUGUGAAUGUGAACAGUGACUGUUUUAGCCCAAAUUUGAAGAAAGCGUAUAUUCUUUUUUGUAAAGCCGGUAAUUUUAAAUGCGACUUAGAAGCAUAUUCCUUAUUUUGGGAUGCAAAACCAGAAAGGGCUUAUUCCAAUGCAGCUUGUUUUCCCAUCAUGUUAAAAAAAGAAAUGGCACUCAAUGUAUACUUACUUGUCGAUCAAUGUACCAUACUGCUCUGCAUAUGCAUGGGAAGUGGAAAUCUAAAAAGGUGAUGUGGACUCCUGUUGACAGUCGUUAUUGAAAUAAACUGACUGAAGUGAGAAUGUUAUCUUGAUUCUCACUUAGUACCUGUCACCACAAAUUCCCUCAACUAAUAAGGUAAACAUUGAGCAAUUGCAAAGGAACUUAAUCUCAAGUGAAUGAAUAAUUAUGUUUUGUUACCCAUACUUUAAAUGCAUUAGUAUGAAUCCAUAUAAUUGCUUCCUCUAGAACAGUUGAUGUUGCAAAACCUAAAAUUACACUUUUGGCAAGUAUUUCCAGUUAGUAAUGUAAAGAAAAUCUCUUCUUGGUCAGCUUUAAGUGGGUAUCACAUAUUUAACCAUUGUCCUGUAAAUCAUAUUCUGAGAUGUAGUAUUUCUUUGUUGCUAUGUGAAACUACGUAUGUGGCCCAUUUGUAAGAUGAAACUUGAAUGUGGGUGGCAUCUUUUUCCUGUACAUAGUCUCAAUAUCAAAUAAAACUCAUUUUCACUAAGGUUUA